AUGACUUCUUACGAUUAUGAGUAUGAUACGGUCGAAGAACCACGUCGACAUCGAUCACAUCGUCACCGAAAAGAUGAUCGCGAACCAAGAUAUGCUGAUGAGCCACGUUACGUCGAAACUCAAGAAACUUACGUUCGUUCAGCGGCUCCUACCAAAACUUCUUAUGCUCCCGACGCUCCCAUCAGAGAAAGAGAAAGAGAAGUUACCCAAACCAGAGAACUUAUACGUCAACCUCGUCGUGAGGAUAGCGAUAUGUCAGUUGAAGAAGUUAGAAGAGACUUUCCCCCACCAGCGAGUGGUGCGGCCUACGUUGACCAACGUACGUCGGUUCGAGAAGCUAGGUACGGCCCGCCAGCCCGUCGCUCUCGAUCCGUCGGGCGUGAUGGCCGAUACGGAGAAUACCUUGAUGAUAGCAGAGGUGAUCCACGACGCUCUUUCCAAGACCUUGAUCGACGAAGUGAUUAUUACGAAGAUACCGAAAUUGAACAUAAAUCAUCUAUUUCACGAAACCAAAAAAUUGCUGUGGCCGUUGGGGGAGCUGCUUUAGCCGUCGGUGCAAAGGAAUUAUGGGACCGAAGAUCUGCAGAAGGCAGACCAGUCGAGCGAAACCCAUUAGCUUCUGCUAUAGUCGGAGCUGCUGGGGCAUUCGCAGCAUACGAAGGAACAGAACUUUACGACAAACAUGGAAAGAAGGAAAAGAAAGUCAAGAAAUAUGCGGCGCACAGAGGUCGAAAUGGUGAAGUCCAAGAGAUUUAUUACUCUGAAGAAGAGGAGAUCAAACCUGAAAAGAAGAAGGGUCGCCGCAAGUCAAUUGUUGAGGGUGCUAUGGCUCUCGCAGGGUUAGGAGCUGCUGCAAAGGGUGUUGAACAUCAUCGAGAGGAACAUCACCGAGGUCGCAGAGGUAGUGGAGAUAGCUAUUAUGAUGAGUCAAGCUCAAAGAGAAGCAGAUCAAAAUCAAGAGCACCAGAUGGGACGGCCAAAUAUCAACAAGCCGCCAAAGCAGCUCUCUUGGCUGGUGCUGCGGAAGCAUUCCGAGUUCGAAAUGAGCCUGGAGCCUGGGGUGGUGAGAAGGGUAAACGUAUUCUUACCGCAGCUAUCGGAGCUGGUGGGAUUGAUGCCGCUAUUGACAGAGAUUCCGACAAGAAGAGCAAGCGUCACAUUCUCGAAGCAGUAGUUGGAGGUCUCGUCGGAAAUCGUGCCAUUAACGGGUCGCGAAAAGAGGUCGAAGAAGAUCCUGUUACUGGACGUUCUCGAUCCAGAUCUCGAGCACGUUCUUCAUCCCGAGGUGGAGGAGGAGGUGGUGGGAAAGGUCUUGCUGCUCUUGCGACCGCAGGUCUGGGAGCCAUUGCUGGCAAGAAAUUACUCGAUCGUUCUAGAUCCCGUUCCAGAGCUCGCUCUAACUCUCGCGGACGCAGAGAUAGUCACAGCCGCAGUCCUUCACCAGAUCAUAACAAGCGUAGCAGGAGCAAGAGUGUCAGUUCAAUGGCAAGAAAGGGUUUGGCUGCUCUUGGUCUUGGAGCUGGGGCUGGAGCUGCUGCAAAUGAAGUCGGUCGUAGCCGUGAUCGUAGUCGCAGUCGAAACCGUGAUAAUUACGAUGAUUAUGACGAUUACGAUGAUCACUCAAGACGCUCUCGAGGUCAAAGAGGGGAAGUAUACGGUAACCCACGUCAUGCCGACUCUCGCGGAAGUAUUGACAGUCAUGGAGGUGGUAGGGCGAGGGAUGGGCAGAAAAAUAAGAAGAAUGCUGAAGGAAAGAAUGGAUAUGAUAGCGACGAUUCUUUGAUGUCUUCAUCGGAGGAUGAGAGAAGGGUUAAAAAGAUGAAAGGUAAGCAAUUUAUUACAGCUGGUUUGGCAACUGUUGCCACCAUACAUGCAGCGCAUAAUGUCUACGCAAGUAUGGAGAAACGUGAUGCGCGACACAAGGCUGUUCAAGAAGGAGAGAUGACCCCAGAGGAGGCAAGGAAGCUUAGAGCAAAGGCAGCAUUGCAAGAUGCAGCAUCUGUUGGUAUUGCAGCACUCGGUAUUAAAGGAGCCAUCUCAGAAAUUAAGGAAGCAAAUGAGAUACGACAUGAAUGUAAAGAAUUCCGAGAGAAGAAGGACGAACGUCAUAAGAAACGUCUUGAAAGACAAAAGAAACGUUUAGAAAACGGCGGAAGAAGACAAAGAGAUGAUUCUCACGAUACUCGCGAAACUUAUACUUCUUCUUAUGAAAGCCAUUACGAUGAUCGCCGCUACAAUUCGGGUCCUCGUUAUUAUGAUGGAAAUCCAUAUUCUACAGGUUUACCAGCUCCUCCUCUCGGUCGUUAA